AACAGUUCCAAGCUGUCCCGGAGCCCCAUUCAAAUCUUGCUGCUCAGCAUCAUCGUACUGUAGCUUCUUCUCCCUAUCUAAACAUUUUUUCCCCCAACUACCGACCUUAUUCACCUUCCCAUUCCUCUCUUCGUUGCUGACUGUGUUCCAUUCCUUAAAGUUCUUUAUAUUCUCACAAUGGCCUCCUCCCUCCGUGUUGGAAGCUCCCUGCUUCGUUCGACUUCAGUCUCCUCCAAGCCUUUCGUCCAGAAAGCUGCGUUCAAUGGGGUUCGCUGCGCCAGCACCAAAACCCUCAAGGACACCUUUGCAGACAAGCUCCCCAGCGAGAUCGAAAAGGUCAAGAAGCUGAGAAAGGACUAUGGUUCCAAGGUUGUUGGCGAGGUCACCCUCGACCAGGUCUACGGAGGUGCUCGAGGCAUCAAGUCCCUAGUCUGGGAAGGAUCAGUUCUUGACUCGGAAGAGGGUAUCAGAUUCCGUGGCAAGACGAUUCCAGAAUGCCAGGAAGUCCUGCCCAAGGCUCCUGGUGGUGAGGAGCCUCUUCCGGAGGGUCUUUUCUGGCUUCUCCUUACCGGCGAGGUCCCAAGUGAACAACAAGUCCGCGACCUCUCUGCAGACUGGGCUGCUCGCUCCGAUCUGCCCAAGUUCGUCGAGGAGCUCCUCGACCGCUGCCCAAGCGACAUGCACCCCAUGGCUCAAUUCUCCAUCGCCGUCGCCGCGCUCGAGCACACCUCCGAGUUCGCCAAAGCCUACGCCAAGGGUAUCAACAAGAAGGAGUACUGGACCUACACCUUCGAGGACUCGAUGAACCUGAUUGCCAAACUUCCCACGAUCGCCGCCAAAAUCUACCGCAACGCCUACAAGGAUGGCAAGGUCGCACCCAUCCAGAAAGAUAAGGAUUAUGGUUACAACUUGGCCAACCAGCUUGGCUACGGUGACAAUGCCGACUUUAUCGAGCUGAUGCGUCUGUACUUGACCAUCCACUCCGAUCACGAAGGUGGUAACGUCAGUGCGCACACCACUCACUUGGUCGGUAGCGCUUUGAGCUCUCCAAUGCUGUCGCUGGCUGCUGGUCUGAACGGUCUGGCUGGCCCUCUUCACGGCCUGGCCAACCAGGAAGUCUUGCUCUGGCUGACCAAGAUGAAGGAGUCCAUUGGUGAUGAUCUCAGUGACGCCAGCAUCACCAAGUAUCUCUGGGACACCCUCAACAGUGGCCGUGUCGUCCCGGGAUACGGACACGCUGUUCUUCGCAAGACCGAUCCUCGUUAUGUCUCUCAACGCGAGUUCGCUCUCCGCAAGUUGCCCAAUGACCCCAUGUUCAAGCUUGUCAGCCAGGUCUACAAGAUCGCCCCUGGUGUUCUGACCGAGCACGGCAAGACCAAGAACCCAUACCCCAACGUUGACGCGCACUCUGGUGUCCUCCUGCAAUACUACGGCCUGACUGAAGCCAACUACUACACCGUCCUCUUCGGUGUCUCCCGCGCUCUUGGUGUCCUUCCUCAACUGAUCAUCGACCGUGGUCUUGGAGCUCCCAUUGAACGACCAAAGUCCUUCAGCACCGAGGCUUAUGCCAAACUCGUUGGAGCUUCAUUGUAAGCAAGCUAUGCGACAUGGAAACAAGCAGCAAGCGAUGUACUAUGCAACCCAAAAUCUGUAGUUCUAUAUUGGAGGGAAGAUGGAUGGGCAGGUCGGCUAUCAUCGGGAGCAGGCUCAAUCGUUCCGAGGUUUGUAGUAUGCCAUUUUAAUUGAUGAGCGUUUCUUGGGACAAUCUUGUUUACUCUACUUGGUUCGUGGGUGUACUCGUAGCAGUCAGUUGCGCACCGUUAUUCGCCGUAGUGCUGGCAUGGGAAGGUCAAGGCUCGUAUCUCGUGUUGCACCGGUGUUGUCUGACAGGGCCUAAAAUAAAAUUUUCGGACGUUGAGGUGCCUUUGUUGAACGCCCAAUGGCUCCACUGGGGAGAGACGAG